AUGAUUCAGACCGUGCUUAAGCAUGAGGUCGCUACACAAGCACAAGGCCCUGGCAGCUGGUGGUGGAAAGCAAAUGAAGAGGGUUCCGCGUGGAUGUUCUUUGACCAGCAAGUAAAGCAAGCAAAGAAUUUUCAAGAAGCAGGGAACCACAAGGUGCGGAUUAUGAGGAAACGUUUAGUUCGGAAAGCUUUUGACAUGAUUUUGGGGAUAUGUAUGAGUCAUAACAGGGAGUUAUAUGUCUUGCUUUGUAUGCAGGACUAUGAGAAGUUCUGGGAGAAUUUUGGCAAACAUUUGAAACUGGGUUGUAUUAAAGAUCGUGAGAAUCACAAACGCAUCGCUCCAUUGCUUAGGUUUUUCUCAUCCCAAAGUGAAGAAGAACUGAUCAGCUUAGAUGAAUAUGUUGAGAACAUGAAGCCUGAUCAAAAAGAUAUUUAUUACAUUGCAGCCGAUAGUGUGAAUAGUGCAAAGAACACACCUUUCUUGGAGAGACUUGCAGAGAAGGAUCUUGAAGUACUGUUUCCAGUGGAUCCAAUUAAUGAGGUUGCUAUUCAAAACCUCAAGUCAUAUAAGGAAAAGAAUUUUGUUUAUAUUAGCAAGGAAGACUUGGAUCUAUGUGAUAAGAAUGAAGAAAGGGAAAAGGACAUGAAACAAGAAUUCGGCCAAACUUGUGACUGGAUUAAGAAACAUUUGGGGAUAAAGUUGCAACCUGAUAAUCCAUCGCAGCUUGGAGGGAAGAUAUAUGACAUGAUGGGUAUGGCUCUAACCGGUAAAUGGUUUGCAUAUUCUGGUCAAUCUUAUCCCACAAGAACCCAGCCCCAUGUCCCUGAAAUUGUAGAAGCUGAGUUGGUUGACCCUGCUGAGGCAAGCAGUCAGAAAUGA